ACCUUGCCUGAGGCUCCCGACAACAAUCAGUGCACCAUUGGUGACUGGAUUUCGCGCUUACACAGGCAAAUGAGUCUCUCCUCCAUCAGUUUAUGUGUACAACUUGCAAAUUGCGACCACAGAAAAUGAGUAUACCGUUGAAGUGCCUUUUUGGUGUCAUUCUGCCAAUUUUCUUGUUAGUGCAACCUGCUUUCAACUUCACGUCCAGUAAAACCGGGUUUUGUCCUCUUCGCCUCUCUGUGACGUCAUGCGCUCCUCGCUGCAUGAGCGAUUGGGAAUGUGGAGAGGAUCGUAAGUGUUGUCCAAAUAUUUGUGGCUCUAUGUCCUGUGCUGCUACCAGCGCUGUUGAGAGCUCCGACAAAAAAUUUGACAGCUCAAACUCAGGAGGAGUUCGAUGCGCUAAUACUAUGUGCCACCCGCAACAGAUAUGCAAAACAGACCCAAAAACAAAGCGUCGAUAUUGUGCUAAUUUCUGAGUUACCUUCAGUCAUUAGGCGAUGGAUAUUACCAUUUCCUUCUUUCAAUUUUGUACAGAAUUCGCUACGUUCAAAAAUUUGUGCCAUACUUACCUACCUAAAUUAAAUGUUUUGUAAGAUCUC